UUCAUACUUAUCCAUCUUCUUUGCUUGCUAAGAAUUUAGAUGUCCUUGUUUCAGUCUUCACUGUUGCUACGAAUCCUGCUUGCAAAAAUAGAACUAAUAAGAAAUAUGCGAUAGUGUGUCCCCCCCCCCCCCCCCCCCCCCUUUUUUUUUUUUUUUUACAAGCUUUAUUGUUUGAAUUUUCAUACGUUUCAUUUUUGGACUGGAAGAUAAGUGAUGCGUAUUGUUGACACAAGAACGACUUCCUUGCCAUUUACUAAAGCAUUAGUAAGAGCUUAUUAAUGUGAAAACAAGUCUUCUUUCUUCUUCUUUUUGUUGGUUGAUUCUUCAGGAAAAAACUGGUUUUCAAAGUUGCUGUGUCACCUUGAUUUGGUGACUGAAAAUGCAAAAUUUAAAACAUUCUUAUGGAUCAUUUGUCACGCGUUACCUGGCAGUUGGGGAUUUUCGUAAGCUCACUUAACUACUACCAGUUGUAGUUACACAUGCCCCUCCAACUACUUAUGCAAUUAGGUAAUUACCAGGUCAGACAAGAAUGAGUUUGCUUUAAGGGUCUAAAGUGAAAGAAAGAAAGCCUUACUUGGAGAUAUGAGGAAGUGCCCGUUAAUGCCUUUUUAUGUUAGUAUUGGAUGAAUAGGUAGGGUUUUAGUACUCGACUUACAAGUGUCAUAAGUUCUAUCGGAAACAGCCCCUCUACCUCUCAAGUUAGGAGUAAGGUCUGUGUACACUCUACCCUCCCCAAACCCCACUUUGUGGGAAUAUACUAGGUAUGUUGUUGUUGACUUACAAGUGUCCUAAGUUGGAGCCCUGUUCCUAAUACUGGAGGUUGCUAUUUGGGAAAUCUUUGGAGUGUUAGGUCCUCUAUGAAAAUAAUUUUACUGUUUUAUUGUAUGUAUUUGUUUUCUUUCCAUCCUUAGCAGGGGUUCUCAUGGUCUUUUGAGCCUUCAUUUCCUUAUGUUCCCUACUAUAUUGUUCUUGUGGAAGUUUGUGCAAUUAAUAUAAAGUGUAUAUUUCAUUCAUAUUCUCUCUACUUCUCCUUGCGUGGCUACUCCUUCAAAGCAUAUUUUUAAACGGAUCACUUCACGCCCCUUGUUGUAGUUCUUCGAAUAAUGUUCAUUGUAUCAGAACAGAUUAUUGCUCCUAAAUCCACCCUUUCUCAAGUCCUUCAUUAACUCUUUCUUCUUAGAAACACAAUUUGCUCCUAAAUCGGCAAAACAUAUACUAAGUGCUAAGUUAGUCUAGUGAACUCCCCUAUUCUUCAGCCGCUCUAUUGGUCAGUGAUCUCUUUUUCUCUACUUCUCCUACAUCAAGCAGGUUGUUGUUUCGUAACUGGAGGAAUGCCAAAAUUGGUAUUUUUGCGUGAGUUUCAAAAUCUCAACUUGCAGCUGCCCAAAGAACGAAGAAGAAGAUGAAGGGACAGGCAGAGCCAAAGAAUGAAGGAGAAGGAACAAAAGGGGUGAGUCUUGAAGAGCUGAAGAAGAAAAUGGCUGAUUUUGCCAAAGAAAGAGACCGGGAUCAGUUCCAUAGCCCAAGAAAUCUCCUUUUAGCACUGGUGGGUGAAGUGGGAGAAUUGUUUGAAAUCUUUCAGUGGAAAGGUGAGGUGCCAAGAGGGCUACCAGAUUGGGAAGAGAAAGAGAAGCAACAUUUAGGUGAGGAGCUAUCAGAUGUAUUGCUUUAUCUUGUCAGGCUUUCAGAUAUAUGUGGCAUUGAUCUUGGUAAAGCUGCACUGAGAAAACUGGAGAUAAAUGCCAUUAACUACCCUGUUAGCCUUUGCAAAGGUUCAUCCAAAAAGCUUACUCUUUGGAGCAAAAGUACAACAACAAGAAGCUCCACCAACAUCAAUAUCGGCAAUGACAGUGCAAAUGGUGUGACUGAUGAUGAGCUGGAGAGGCAGAAGAGAGAAGAAGCUGAGCGGAUGGAGAUGCAGAAGAGAGAAGAAGCUGAGCGGAUGGAGAUGCAGAAGAGAGAAGAAGCUGAGCGGAUGGAGAUGCGGAAGAGAGUGGAAGCUGUGCGGAUGGAGAUGCGGAAGAGAGCAGAUGGAGAUUCGGAAGAGAGCAGAAGCUGAGCUGAUGGAGAUGCGGAAGAGAGCAGAAGCUGAGCGGAUGGAGAUGCGGAAGAGAGCAGAAGCUGAGCGGAUGGAGAUUCGGAAGAGAGCAGAAGCUGAGCGGAUGGAGAUGCGGAAGAGAGCAGAAGCUGAGCGGAUGGAGAUACGGAAGAGAGCAGAAGCUGAGCGGAUGGAGAGGCGGAAGAGAGAAGAAGCUGAGCGGAUGGAGAGGCGGAAGAGAGAAGAAGCUGAGCGGAUGGAGAGGCGGAAGAGAGAAGAAGCUGAGUGGAUGGAGAGGCAGAGAUUGCAGAAAAGCAGAGACCACGAGUACUAAGAUAGUUGGUGUUGGAAAAUGGUAACUUGGUGAAUCUCAGUGGUUGUUGAAGAAAAAAGAAUAACUUAGUGGUUGUUUUGCAUGAGCACCAUUUAGGGUGGCAUCCCUAAUGCAAUGUCCUCUAGGUAUAUCCGUGGGGUGUUCUUUUUCAUUUUCUAUGUGAGUUUGUCUUUUAUAUACUGAUAGUUUAAACAAUUCUUUUGCUAUUAAGUUGCCUGAUAAGGGAAUUUGAUGAAAAUUUGGUGAUUCGAAACUAAGUGCUUUAGUACAAAUAGUGAUGUUGUU